AGCUGGAGGAGAUGCACUGAAGCUGCUUCCCGCUAUCACGAACCGGACUCCGGUAACAGCUCCAGACCAGGCCCCGGAUAAACUAAUGUUGACACCUGUUGUGGAUGAAGAGGACAAUUCAACCCUAACCCCCAUCAGCUCCCUGGAGCGUCCUGGUGUGGCUGUCUAGAAAUAGAAUAGUGUUUUCACAGGAGAGCAAUAAUGAAAGCAAGCAGUCAAGCAUUGAAACAAAAACAUGAGACAGAGCGAGAGUUUGGAGGAAUCCUGGGUGCCGUGUGCAUUCCUGUUUUCCUCCCGCUGACGGUGCUUUUCCUGAUCUGCGUGAGUCGGUCUCCGGAGGCCAGCCUGUUCCAGUGGCCGCCGCCCCUCCCGUCCUCCGAGCAGCUGUGGGACCCGGCGGCCGCCGCGCUGCUGCUGGGAUGGCUCGCUCUGCACGCACUGCUCUACCUGUUGCCUUUAGGAAAGGUCUCUGAGGGAUUAGUCCUGAGAGAUGGAACUCGCCUCAAAUAUCCCAUCAAUGGUUUUCACGGCCUCUGCAUCACUGGUGUGCUGCUGCUGCUGUUCCUGGGGCUCGGGGCUCCUCUGGGGCAUCUGUUCGAGCUGCUUUUGCCUCUGGCGGUGUGUGCGAUCGCAGUGUCGUUCCUGCUCUCCGUCUACCUCUACAUCCGCUCCUUUUGGGCUCCUCCCCAUGCUCUCGCUUUGGGGGGCAACACAGGAUAUCCACUGUAUGACUUCUUCAUUGGCCGAGAGCUGAACCCCCGCAUCGGGAACUUUGACCUGAAAUACUUCUGUGAACUGAGGCCGGGUCUGAUUGGCUGGGUGGUCAUUAAUCUGGGCAUGCUGAUGAAGGAGGUGGAGCUUCGAGGCUCGCCGUCGCUCGCCAUGAUCCUGGUCAACAGCUUCCAGCUGCUGUACGUGGCAGACGCCCUGUGGAACGAGGAAGCCGUUCUGACCACCAUGGACAUCGUGCACGAUGGCUUUGGCUUCAUGCUGGUCUUCGGCGACCUGGCCUGGGUUCCCUUCACCUACGGCCUGCAGGCGGCCUUCCUGGUCGUUCACCCGCAGGAGCUGACUUCCCUCCAGGCUGCGCUGAUCGUCGCGCUCAACGGUGUUGGAUAUUACAUCUUCCGAAAAUCUAACUCGCAGAAGAACCAAUUCAGACGAGACCCCACUCAUCCAAGUGUUGCGAGGCUGGAGACCAUCGCCACGGCAACCGGGAAGCGCCUGCUGGUGUCCGGCUGGUGGGGCCUGGUUCGUCAUCCCAACUACCUCGGGGACCUCCUGAUGGCCCUGGCCUGGUCCCUGCCGUGUGGGUUCUCGCAUCUCCUUCCUUACUUCUACGUCAUUUACUUCGCCGUCCUGCUGAUUCACCGGGAGGCUCGAGACGAGAGGCAGUGCCGAGCCAAGUACGGCCUGGCGUGGGACACCUACUGCCGGCGCGUCCCCUUCAGGAUCUUCCCCUAUAUUUACUGAAACGGAGAGCCGACCGGAGAAACUGGGACCGCAGUCUGACGCCGCACACCGCCAACUCAGCAAUAAGGUGGAAUGUAAAUCCAUCAGUGGGAAAUUUGGAAGUUAUACCGUCGACGGUGCUGCUGCUGAGAGUCUUUUGAUCAGAAUUCAUUUAUAGAUCGAUGGAUCAUUACUGCUCAUUCCUCACAUUCUGAAACCGACAGUCCGGUUUGCUAAAGUCACUUUAAAGCAGUGGUUUUCAAAGAGAGCUUGUACUUUGGCCCGAGACUUCGGGAUUUUACAUUGCAUUUGUAUUUUUUGCAGAUUGGUGCAGUAAUACAAAAACUAAACUGAAGUGAAAUUAAUCAACAUGGAAUAGUUUUCCAAAGCCUUUCCUGGGUGUAAUCUGUAAAUUAAAAGUUUCACUCUUCAGAAAUGCAGCUGAGACCAUUCCCUCCUCACCAGCCACCCUGGUGUGUGUGUCGCGGGAGUGUGAGGCGUCACGGUUCACGUUGAGUUCAUCCUGCCUCACUUUGACAAUCACUGGUUUAAAAAGUACGGUUCAGUGAGAAACAUUCUGAUUGCAGUGAGACCAGUGCACAGAAACAAAAACAGAUUAAUGAGUGCCUUUUUU